AUGUCAGCCGUCGCCAGACUCGCACCGUCCUACAUCCCCAACCCUCAUAACAGGGACACCACUCCGCCUCCUUCGUACCGUGCGUCGACUCAACACAAGCCGUCGCUAGACUUAUCGCAACGCUUCGAGAGGAAGCUCGCUGAAUACAAUGCAUCUCAGAACAUCCUAAAGCGCUGGUUAUUUGAGAUUGUCAGCUUAGCCAUCAGCGCCAUCUGCAUGGGCUUCAUAAUCGGCAUAUGCAUCUACACAAAGGAUCAGCCACUCCGCGACUGGCCACGAGCCUCGACCAUCCAAAACGUACUAUCCAAAAUUGCCUCGGCCGCCCUUAUACUCCCAAUCUCGGAAGCCAUAGGUCAGCUGAAAUGGAUUUGGUUUCACGGAAAGAAGUCUAAAGAUGCUUUCGAUUUUGAAAUAUUCGACAAAGCCUCUCGAGGUGCUUGGGGUUCGUUUAUGCUACUUUGCCGCACGAAGGGCAGGUCGCUUGCUGCAUUAGGCGCUCUUUUGACGGUCUUGUUACUCGCGGUUGAUACUUUCUUCCAGCAGGUGACUGACCUUCAGGAUCGUUGGAAGCUUCAGGGCAACAGCUCAAUUCCGCGCAGUUUCCAAUAUACUCCUUCUGUGGUGCUUGCGUACGACAGCACUUGGGACAAUACACCCGCGGCCAUGAUGAACGAAGACCUUCAAAAAGCCCUAGAUCCGUUCUUCUAUGACCAGAAUGGGACGCAUCCCUUCCUCACCGAGAACGGUCCCCAAGCCGAGAUACCACUUGUUAUAGAACCGGUCCUUGUGUCUGGCUAUCGGGUCGAGAACAAUACAAACUCACCUUACGGAGAAACCCUGCUCAUGCGCACGCUGCCUCUUGUCACAAACCCUCUCAGGCAGGCACUAUACGGAGGGUCUAUAAACUUCAAGAGCAUCAACUAUCCCAUCCUGAACGCGCUCAUUGUAAGCGCGGCAGACGGGUCUGCAGAAAGCGUAUACCGCAAAGACCUCCCAGUUGCUCAUGAAUGUAUGUUAUCUUGGUGUGUCAAAACUCUUCGCUCCUCAUAUGCAGGAGGUGGUUACGAAGAGCAGGUGAUCGAGACUUACACAAAUACAACGCCGACCGACAACCCCUGGUUCAGUGAGCAAUUGCCGAAUGGUUCCACCGACCAGACCUUCGACGAGGACAUCAUAAUAACAGUCCCAUCAAACGACCGCAAUCCGACCACUUUCGGCGUCUCCAAUGAAACGUUCAUGAGGACCGUCUUUGUUCUGGAUGAGGUAUUCCCCUCCCUAAUCACUGUCUCGAACCCGUCAGCAGAGCCAUAUCUCAAGAUCAAAACCAGCUUCACCGACCAGGUCAAGUUUCGAGAAGUACGCUUCAAUCCAUGGCUUGCUCCCAACAAUGUCACUCAUCAUAUGGAGAGAAUCGCACAGGCUAUGACCAACGUCGUCAGGUCGGAUCCUAGCAGCAAUGAGUUCAUCGUUGGUAGCGCCUCAUCACCAGAGACCUACAUGAUAGUUCAUUGGGGUUGGCUUACGUUCCCUUGUGUCCUGCUUCUCCUGAGCAUUCUUUUUUUGGUGGCCACCAUGAUCAAGACCUCAAGACACACAUACGACGAUAUCGGCAACUGGAAAACUUCCGCUAUGCCAGCUUUGCUAUAUAGUCUGCCCAAAGACUUUCAGCAUGGGCUUGGAGCGCCGGGCACAUCAAGGCGUGGCUCGACUAGAAGGUCGAAGAAGAUUAGGAUCAGACUAAUGCCACAACAAGGCUGGAGGGUAUCUGGUGCCGUUCAGCCUACACCGACUGCGCCACCCGGCUUUAUAUAG